AUGCCGCUAAUGUAUCAUGCACUCCUUUUGGCUAUCGGACUGUUUCGGAUAGCGGAGGGGCUGGCGGACAACGAAAUCCCGGAACACUACCAGAUUGUCGACCGGAUUCUGAAGGGUUACAACCGGGAUAUGAUCCCCAAAUUCAUGAAUCGCAGCGUCGAUGUGAAAUUCUCGAUGGAACUGUAUCAGAUUAUUGAAGUGAACGAGCCACAACAAUAUUUAAUGUUGAAUUCAUGGAUUGUAGAGCGCUGGGUCGACGGGAUGCUUGGCUGGAAUCCAGAAGACUUCGAGGGCACUUCAGAAAUCGUGCUUCCACAUUCAAAAAUCUGGCUCCCGGAUACUACGCUUUACAACUCGUACGUCACCUCUAUUAUAACAAUUAUCUCGAUAGUCGGAUUCUUCAGCUCGUCCUCCCCGCACGAAGUGCGGCAGGAGAAAAUCACGCUCGGUAUCACCACACUGCUCUCAAUGUCGAUUCUAAUUCUGAUGGUCUCGGAUAAAAUGCCUUCCACGUCUUCGUUCAUUCCGCUAAUCGGGUGGUUCUAUACGGCUAUGAUCAGUCUCAUCUCGGUGGCUACCAUUUUUGCCUCGCUAGUCAUAUGGAUUCAAAAGAAGGGAAUUGUUGGAACAGCUCCGCCGCCAAAAUUAAUGUGGUGGGCACGGUUGGUCGGCCGAAGAGUCUAUUUGGAGUUGCCGCUCCUUAUGAAGCAGGCUUAUGCCAGGAAAGCGGCGGAAGAAAAAGCCCGGAAUGCCGGCCGGAAGCCCAGCCUUUGGCAAAAGGUCUACAAGAUGAGCCGGACCAGUAAUAUUUUCUCGACCGCGCAAACACAGAAGGUGGUGAACGCUUUCGGGAACCAAAACGGCGCAGCGGCCAGGCCGAUGAAGCCGAAAAGUUUUCCGAAUUUGGCGAACGUCUCGGCAAUUAAGGGCGCAAGUGAGCCACCUGUACAAAAGAAGAGCUUGGCGUUUUCGAUUGAUGAUCGAGACUUUGACCCCGAGGAUAGACCAAGUCCACCCAAAGAUAACACCCCGAUGAUCGAUGAUGAAGAAGCGCCUGAAGACAUUAUACGAAAGUACAAGCCGGCCAAGCAGCUGCGGAGCUCUGCCAGCAUCGCUUCCUAUGAUAAUUUGUUCCGGAAUUUUGAGCCCGGACCUGGUAUGGGAUCAGCAGCCCCCACCAAUACCGAACGUCGUAACCUCGCCCAACUCGAGUACGACUGGCUGGCCGCCGUCUUUGAGCGGAUUUGCCUGCUCGUUUUCAUUGUCCUGUUCCUUUUCAUGUCGGUCGGCAUUAACAUGCUUGGCUGGUAUUACUGGAAAAACGCCGAAUACAAACUCCUUCGAAUCUCCGCC